AUGCGCUCUUUCAGCCUCCUUGCCUUCGCCUCCUCGGCUGCUGCGGUCGCCAUCUCCCUCCCGACCACGCUGACCGAUCUCUCGAUCACGCUCCCGACCUCUAUCCCCACGGACCUGCCGACCACGCUCCCCUCCUUCUCCUUCACCCUCCCUACGGACCUCCCCACCAGUCUCUCCAUCAGCAUCCCUACGGACCUUCCCACUACCUUCCCCUCGUUGACCAUCACUAUCCCUACUACUCUGACGCUGCCCACCUCGCUCCCGACCACCAUCACUCUGGCUACUGGUUCUAACGUGAAGACAUGA